AUUCGAGUCAAUCAAAACUACGAGGGUGUAUGUGUCAUUUUGCCCAAAGGGAGAAAGAAAGGGACAUUGAUACUCGACGGCUCGACCCCCACGACUCUCUCCUUCUCCGUCCCCUGUUUCAUCCGCCGGUUGUUGGAAAAUCUCCAAAUCUUUUUCGCCGCCGACUACCUGCGGAUGAUUUCCGGCGUGAAUUGUCUCUCAAUUCCAGGCAAAUCCUGAUCUCCGUUAUGCACACAGAUUUGAAUUCUAUGCACCAAGCAAACGUAUAUAGAUCUGUGGAUAGAGAGCGGGGAGGGAGUGGAACCGUUAAGAUGAUACCGAGGUCGAGUUCUUUGCAGCAAGAGAAGAUGUAUAGAUCUGUAGAUAGGGAGGCGGUUGAUGGCGGAAGCGUGUCGGGGUUACCGCGGUCAAGUUCUGCGCGUCAUGAGAGAAAAAUUACACGAUCAAAUCUUGUCGACCAGCUCAGAGAGUAUCAAAUUCGAUCGAAACAUGAUUGGGCCUCCGUCUCAUUCUUCUCCUCUACUUCAAAUCUCUCUUCUUCCAGGGUGGACGUAGUGGUAUUUGUAAUAUGGGAACUUGCAAUUCUAGCUUUUUUCGUUUUCUCAGCAGUUGCAUUAUAUUUCAGCCACAUGAGACUUGGAUUUGGUUUAGCAACAAUCACAUUGUUACUUCUAUUAUGUAUGAAGCUAACAAAGCGAAUAAAACUCGCCCAAAAAAAGAAACGAAGGAUGCUUCUUCCUUUAUCAAUGUAAAAAAAAACCCUAAUCUUUAUAAAUCCCAACACCUUUUCACCAUUU